AUGAAGCAGCGUUUAAAUCAACAUCUUCAUGAUGAACAAAAACAGUCUUCACAACAGGAUCUCGUUGAAUUACACGAUCGUGUCAAACGAUUCGAACGAACAUUGGAAGUGCUUAAACAGGAGCAACCAAAAGAUCACGAUAAAGAAUUAAUCAAACGAGCAUUGGCAAAGCAAGCCAGUAAAGAUGCUAUCGAAUAUCAGAAGUUAUUGAAGAAAAAAAACGAUGAAAUCAAACAAUUAAGUAUUCAACUGCAAGAAUUAUCGACAGCAAAUCAUCUUGGCACAGCAUUACGACAGAUAAAUAUUGAAAAACUUCAUCUUGAACGACGUCUUUUGGCUUCAAGAACAACAUCAACAUUGAACUCGAUAGCAAAUAUAGGCCCAUCAUCAGCAGCGAAUACAACGACGAAUGUCACGGAACAACAGCAACAAUACCCGACAACAACAACAACAGCAAGUGGCCGCUCGAGAACUAAUUCUUCAACAGCAUCUUCCAUCGAUCCCUUUCAUUAUCAAGCAUUACAAGACACGAAUGAAGCGCUAAAAAGUGAAGUACAUCGUUUGGCACGCGCUGAAGACGAACAUGUCACCAAACUGAAAUUACAGCUUCAACAAUAUACUGAACUUGAAGAAGCAUAUAGACAUCUUCAAAAUGAGUAUACACAUCUAACAGAGAUCGAAGAACGCUUCGUGGAAAUACAAAAUACGUAUAAGAAUGAAAAAUCAACGUUCGAAUAUUGUUCACAUGAAAACGAGCAAUUGAAAAGCCAAAACGAACAUUUACUUGGUGAAUUAGCACGUUUGACACAGAUCGAAACACGUGAUCGAACGCGAUCAGCAGAACAUGCUGACCAACGUCGUCAAUACGAUGAUUUAUUCAAUCAAUUCAAUGAAUUAAAACAAAACUACAACGAUUUGAAAGAUAAAUACCAAGAUAAUCAGAACAGUUAUGAAAAUGAUAUCAAACAUCUCAAUGAUGAGAACAUCAAACUUCGUCUCGAUAAUGAACAAUUACGUGCAGCGAAUGAUUUGCUACGCGAAGAACGUAAUCAAAUGAAAGAAUCCCAUGAAACGAUCUUGAGAAAACGGCUCGAUGAAAUCAAAUAUCUUCAGACUGAAAAUCGAGAUUUGCAGAUGUUGAAACAACGAUACAACGAAGACCGAGAAACAUUUCAAGCAAUUGAUCUGCGCAAGACACAAUUAGAAAAUGACCUUUUAACUAUGCAGGCAGUUGAAGAUCGUUGUCAAGAUCUCCAGGCAACAGUCGAACGAUUACAAACGGAAAUUCAACUCAGCCAGAAAAAAUCCGACGAUCAUGCAAUGGCACUAGCAAAUCUGAACAAAGAAAAUGCUCGGCUUAUCAAAGAACUCGAGAGUGCCUCAAUGCUAAACACGCAAAUGCGCACCGAAAUUAGCAAUGCAACAAAUACUAAUGAACGGUUGACGCAAGAAUGUGAGCGAUUUCGGACAACCUCGGAUUCCAAAAUGUCUGAAUGUGAUAUGAAACGACGUGAAAAUGAGCAGCUUAACCAGAAAGUUCGUGAACUCGAAGCAAUAAUCAAAUCAUUACGUGAUAGCACUGAUUUACAAAAGCAAUUGAACGUUGAAAAUGAAGUAAAUAAAAUAGAAUUGAAACGAAAACAAGAUGAUUUUGAACAAUUUCAAAGAAUGCACGAUGCAACCAAACAAGAACAUCAAGACACGAUUCAUCUACUUGAAGAAAAAAUUCAUGAUCUCGAACGAAAAACUGAAUUACAAUCGUUGAAACAUGAAGAGAUUCUUCUCGAAUUUGAAUCCUUAAAAGCAAGACGUGACCGAAUGUUGCCAUCGUCAUCCGUGGCUAUGCUUUCGAAUAAUCAUUCCUCGCCAAUACCAUCUCCUCAUCCAUGGCCUCUGCCAAUUAUGGUUGACUCUCAAACAUCACCAUCAGAUAACAUGAUGAGCUCAGCUAUGCCACCAGCUUCAUUAGCUACAACAGUUCAACAACGACCAUUGGUCAAAUCGAUCGCCAGUCAAUCGAAAAAUCCAGUAGAAAAUCAAGACAUCAAAUCGAAUAUCUGUCUGAAUACUCAAACAGCUCAAGUCGUCGUUGCGAAAUAUUCUUAUGAACCAUUGCAAUUCUCACCUAAUGAUCAUCCGGAAGUAGAACUACCAUUACGUAUCGGAGAAUACUAUCUGACUUAUGGAGACGUCGAUGAAGAUGGAUUCUAUGAUGGAAGAAAUCUGGAGGGUCGAUAUGGUUUGAUUCCAUCAAAUUUAGUUGAGCCAAUUCUCAAUCCUGAUGACCUACCUGAAACUAUACGACAUAUAGUUCAACGGCUGAUAGGAAGAACACUUACCGAUGGAACGAUAUCACCACGCCGUGAUCAACCCGUUAGUAUAAAUUCUGAAGUCACUACAUCUGUCAAUGUACCAGCUAUGUUUCGGAAGCAAUUACUAGCAACGGCCGGAAAUCUUUCGGAAUCUGCCUCAACGAAUGGUCUCUCCUUUGGUAAACAUGUUCCAUGUCCGACGAGUCUUCGUGUAGAAAAGUAUCUCACCAAUAGUGUCUUAAUCGCCUGGAAUCCUCCAUCCACAAACACAGUCCAAGUACUUGGUUAUCAAGUACUGCUUGAUCAUUCCUUAUACACAACUAUUCGUGCUAAUGAACGUACACGCGCAUUAAUUGAAAACAUCAAUCUAAAUGAAAAACAUCAUCGUAUAAGUGUUCGAACUAUCACACAGCGUGGCUUAUCUCGUGAUCAAGAAUGUACAGUACUGUUAGCAAUGUCAAAUUCUAAUGGAAACAUGAAUGACGUAUCGUAUGCACCAAGUGAUUUACGUGUUGACCGGAUUAAUCAGACAUCAGCUGUCGUUUCUUGGUGGCCUGCGUCGAACGAUAUUGUUCAUAAACUAUUCGUGAAUGACAUUGAUGUUCAAACAUUAAAAGCAGGAGUUUAUCGAUUUAAACUAUCGGGUUUAAUACCGAACACGGUACAUAAAGUAACGAUCAAAGCCAAACCAAACAAUGUGGCAAGCACACAACAACAACUAGCAGCUUCGAUUGAAUUUCGCACUACUUCAUUCGACGAAUCUAUUGAGCCGCCCAAACGAGUACAAGUAAUAGCUGGUCCACAAUCCAACACGCUGCUUAUCUCUUGGGAGCAACCGACAUCGGCAACAACUGCUGCUCGUGGUUAUCGAGUUCUUGUCGAUGGUCGACAAUUACAAGACAUAACAAAUCCACCAAAUGAUCAUACUGUCAUUAACAUGAGUACAAUACAUCACGGAAGAUUCUUAACGAUUCGCACAUUAACAGAAAAUGAAGGGGAAUCACACGAUUCUGCUCCAAUAGAUCUCGAUGAAAUUUUGAAAAAACUGGAUAUGGACGUUUCACCACCUGCGAUUCCUCCAGUUUGUGAAGAAGCCUUUGAUAAAGAGUCCGUACCAUUGACAGCAUCCUCUUCCAUUACACUAAGAACAACUUCUGAAGACGAAAUAGCAAAUCCUGAACCGCAAAUUCUUCCACCGCCGCCACCACCUCCUGCGCAACUGCCACCACCUCCUGUGCAGCCACCCCCACCCCCACCUAUUCAACCGCCCCCGCCGCCGCCGCCAUCAAGCAUUGCAGAAACUCCAUCAAAGUCUUCUCGUCAACAAGAUUUUUCGCAACCAUUGCCACCACCACCGCCACCGUCGACGACGAGUAUUCCAUCUUCUCGACCACCGACCUCGGUGGUAAAUCAACCGUCGAUGAAUACACCACCACCACCGAUAAAAUCUUCAACAGCUAAUCCUGAUAAAAUCCGUCCAAUCCAUAAAACUUCCACGCGGCUCGUUGGUGUACCGCCGGUUCAAUCAUCAUCGAAAUCUUCUUCGGCAGCACCUUCAGCGGCAUCCGUCAAUACAGAUGUCCCGCAAAUUGAAAUCAAUUCUCCGAGUCCGAAUAGUCCCAUCAUUGCUUCGGCAGCCAAAUCGAAAAAUGGUAAUCGUGACCAACACGAUCAACCGCAGCAACGUUUCGGUUAUGAAGCCUACAUGAAACAACAGUCAGAAGAUGCGCCAACGCCUAUGAAAUCUCCGAGUACUCAACGAAAAACAAGUAAAGCAUCUACAACAAUUUCACCGGUAAAACAACGUGAACAUACUGAUACAAAACGAACAACAGCUGCACCCAUCAACGGCAAUCCACACAUGAACAAAGCGAAAAUGUCUUCGCCACGUCAUACAUCCACAUCUUCAGAAGAACAACAUAUCACUCCUCCUGUACCAAUGAAACCUAUCAAGGCUAAAGAACAAACACCUGCCGCAUCAUCAUCGACCACAUCUGUCCCAUUGAUGAAUAGUCAUAUGAUUAAAACAACUAAUCCUCCACGUUUAUUUAUCGGUCUUUUCGACUACGAUCCAAACGCCAUGUCACCAAAUAAAGAUAAUGAAGAAGAAUUACCGUUCAAAGAGGGACAAUUGAUUCGCAUUUAUGGUGAUCAAGAUGCCGAUGGAUUUUACAUUGGGCAAACUGAAAAUGGUCGCACAGGCUUUGUGCCAAGUAACAUGAUUUCCGAAGUUCAACUCGAUGAUGCCGAAAUAGAAGCACAUUUACUUGCUGGUACUAUGAAUUUAGACAAUUCCAAUCGCAUGUCGUCGAUGGCAUCGAGUUCCAGUGCGACAACUUCAUCAACAACAAAACGUCUAUCACCUGGUACGAAUCAAACAAAUUCCAAAUCUCCACCACAAUCUAUAAAGAAAAUGGUAGCUUUAUUUGAUUACAAUCCAACGGAACAUUCUCCUAAUGUUAAUCCUGACGAGGAGUUAUCAUUUCAAUCGGGUGAUACUAUCUACGUGCAUGGAAAUGUUCAUGACGAUGGAUUUUAUCUUGGUGAAUUAGAAAAUGGUAGCAAAGGAUUAGUUCCAUCAAACUUUCUCAAAGAAGUUUCAUCCAUGACCACAAAUGAGAAUUCUCAUCAACAAGAUAAUGAACCAAUGAUGCUGAACGAAAACAAGAAAUCAUCAUAUCGACGAAGUCCUCAUCAAGUAUAG